CGGCGGCGGUGGCGACAGCGGGGACAUCGAGUCUGGGACAGCGGGGACAGCGGGGACAGCGGCUAUGUCGGCCCGGACGCUUCCUCUGCUGUUCCUCAACCUGGGCGGGGAGAUGCUCUACAUCCUGGACCAGCGGCUGCGCGCCCAGAGCAUCCCGGGCGACAAGGCGCGCAAAGUUUAUUUCUUUUCUUCUCCUUGCAACUCUUGUUCUUACGUCUCGAAUGAUGUUUUGUUUUAUAUGCUUCGUGUAGAUGAAUGGACAGAUGUGGACAGGAAACGAGUGAUGAACGACAUCAUCAGCACCAUGUUCAACAGGAAGUUCAUGGAGGAGCUGUUCAAGCCCCAGGAAUUGUAUUCCAAGAAGGCCCUGAGGACGGUGUACGACCGGCUGGCCCACGCCUCCAUCAUGAGGCUGAACCAGGCCAGCAUGGACAAGCUCUACGACCUCAUGACCAUGGCCUUCAAGUACCAAGUGCUGCUGUGCCCUCGGCCCAGGGACAUUCUGCUGGUCACGUUCAACCACCUGGAUGCCAUCAAGGAUUUCAUCUACGAGUCCCCUGGCAUUCUGAACCAGGUGGACGAGACCUUCCGGCAGCUGAUCGAAACAUACAACUGUCUCUCUGAUGGUGAAUUCCAGCUCAUCAGGCAAACGCUCCUCAUUUUCUUUCAGGACAUGCACAUCAGGGUCUCCAUCUUCCUGAAGGACAAGGUGCAGAACUCCAACGGCCGCUUCGCUCUGCCCACCUCGGGGCCCGUGCCCUGGGGCACAGAGGUGCCAGGGCUCAUCAGGAUUUUCAAUCAGAAAGGAGUGGAAGUUAAAAGGACUGAGUUCACCACUGCUGGGAAUUACGUUACUCCCCAAAGGGAAGGAUCCUUUGAGCUUUAUGGAGACAGAGUCCUCAAACUUGGAACAAAUAUGUACAGUGUGAGUCGGCCAGUGGAGACACACGUGGCAGGAUCAUCCAAAAACUUGGCAUCCCGUGCAAAGGAGAGCACAGUGCCCAACCCUCUUGCCAAGGAGGAGCUGAACUUCCUGGCCCGGCUGCUGGGGGGUCUGGACAUCCAGAAACCUGCUGGUGGCGAGGCGGGCUUUCGGCUGAAUUUGUUCACGACCGACGAGGAGGAGGAACACGCUGCACAGACCCGGCCAGAGGACUUGUCCUACAAGGUCAUCAACAUUGAAGCCGCACAGGAGCCGGCCCGGCGGGAGGAGCUGUCCCGCAUCCUGGGCGAGCUGGAGGUGGCCGAGCCGCGCCCGGACAGCGCCGGCAAGGGCGAGGACCUGCUGGCCCUGAUGGAUGGGCUGUGACUGGGACACAGCGGGACAGCCGCAGGACACACUGGGAGAGCCUUGGGACAUACCAAGACAGCUCUGGGACAUACCAGGACAGCCCCGGGACACAGCGGGACAGCCCCAGGACACACCAGGACAUACCAGGACACA